AUGGAAAGCCAGAACUUCGUCAUCGUCAUCUUGGCUUUCUCCUCUGCGCACGCUACGGCCACUUCGACUGCUAGUACUAGGGUUGCAAUACCUACAAUACCACCGUGGAUGUCGGCGCCUUUGCCUUCUCCAUUACCUUCAUAUCUAUCACGGCCUUCGUCAGCCUCGUCUUCGAGCUCGGCACAAACACGGGAUUAUUCGGGACAGGGGACCGUGGCAUUUACGAUUCAGGUGGACUAUAAAGAAGAAGCGCUGCAGCCCCGGUCUCAAUCUACCACCACGAAAUCCACAACGACAACCAGCGGCUCGUCGUCGUCGUCCUCUUCGCACUCUACAUCCAUCUCGUCUCUCGCUGUUCCCGUUCCAAGUGCUGGGUCAGAGAGGGAGAGGGUUGCGAGGAGUUUGAGUCCGAGGCCUCUGAGCCCGGCGCUUGGGAGUCCGACCAGGAGGGAGGCGGGGUUGAGGGAGGUGGAGGAGGAAGAGAAGGUGGAGAGGGGGGAGGACGUGUGUAUGGAUGUGGAUGUGGAUGUGGAUGUGGACGAGGUUGUGGAUGUGGACGAGGUUAUUGAGAUGAGUGCAAAUACUAAUAGACCACUCCAGCCUCAAUCUUCUCGCUCUGCCUAA